AUGAGGGCAUGGGGACCAAUGUGGAUGCCCGGGCCACCCUUGAGGCCAGACGUCGUGACAGGGACGAGGCCGAGUCUCAACGCUACCGUCUGUGCUGAGGCGGAAGAUUCAGCCAGGGCGUGGCUCGAGCACCUUCCUGAGCGUCUGAUCCACGACUGGGCCAACCUGUGCACCGAGCUCCCUAACAUCACGGACUCCGACGUCAUUGGAGCCUUCAUCGCUGGCACCACCUGUAAGGAGCUGGUAGUUGGUGCGAUCUUCUCUGACGGCAACACCAAGGGGAAGCAGAAGGCCGAGGCCACUGAUGCCUCAGGCUCCCAAGACCCUAAGAAGAAGAAAAAGGGUCGCAAGGGGAAGCAGGGGGUCCCAGCAAACACACCCUCGAGGAGUGCACCGUCCUGCGUCGAUACUACACCGGCAUUACGACCAAAGAAGACGCAGAAGAGCCCCCCCAAGGACAACGACGACGAAGGGGAAGGCUUCCCCAAAGUCAAGAACUGCCUCUUGAUCUUUGGGGGACACGCGGCUCACCUCACCACGAGUCAAAGGAAGCGCGAGCUCCGAGAGGUCUGCACGGUUAGCACAACCGCGCCCUCAUGCCUCAAGUGGUCGGAGAGCGCCAUCACUUUCGAUCGACAGGAUCACCCGGAUCGGAUCCUGAAUCCCAGGAGUUAUCCACUCAUCGUCGACCCCAUCAUCACCGAGACCUGCCUCUCCAAGGUGUUGAUGGACGGAGGCAGCAGCCACAAUAUUCUUUACGCCGAGACCAUAGCCCUCAUGGGGAUCAAUAAGUCUCGGCUAAGCAAUGAUGCAUUGCCAUUCCUUGGAGUGGCGCCAGGGCACCGAGCCCAUCCUCUCUGGCAGAUCGAUCUGCCCAUCUGCUUUGGGACUCCCGACAACUUCAGGCGGCAGGUCCUUACUUUUGACGUGGUCGGGUUCCACGGGAUCUACCACGUGAUUCUGGGGAGACCAUGCUACGCCAAGUUCAUAGCCAUCCUCAACUACACCUACCUCAAGCUCAAGAUGCCAGGCCCAAAUGGCAUCAUCACCAUCAGCACGACAAGCUAG